GAAAGUAUCGACAAGCCAACUUUUAUACUUGCUAUUUACAGCAGUUUGUACGCAAAAUAUAAAUUAAAAAAAUAUAAAAGCAAUGAGUGCUCGAAGCUUGCGCCAGCGUCCACAGCGUAAAGAAACUAUAGACGAUAACAACAGUACUGAAGCGGAAAGAUCCAAGCGCAAAGUCAAGAAGAAAGCUUGCUAUUAUGGAAAAAACAGCGUAUAUGAUGAAUACGGAAACAUAAGAUCCAACGGCUUAGAUGUCUGCGAUUGCAUGAACGAGCAAUGUGAUGGCUGCUGGUACGAGUGCCGCAAUUGUGGCUCAACCAGAUGUGGUCCACAGUGUCGUGCUAAUCGCAAGUUCUUUUAUGAAAAUAUUGUAUAUGACGGUAAAGACCUAACAAUAACGAAUAAGCAUUUUUCUGGCAAAAUUUAAUUGUAAACUAAAUAUUAAGCUCGUAUGAUUAGGCACAUAUAAAUUAAA